CUCAAAAGAAAAUGGUCAAAACUUGUAGGGACGACUGACUUGCCCAAAGCAGGAAAACUGCUGAAGAUCCAGGAACAAAGUUUUGAAACAAGUGUCACCUACCACUAAAGGUCUCUUCGGGGGUCACCUUGCUCCUGAUGAUGAAGGCUCAUGAUCUCGUUUCUGCUCAUCUUUUCAGGGAUUUCAUGCGGGAUCGUGGGAUUGGUGCUUAUCCUGGUAACGUUGGCCUUGGCAGGAAAUCGAUACGUCAAAUAUCGUUCCAGUCCUUCCAGACUUUGGGAGCUUCAUGCCACUCGAGAACUCGACUUGUCGCGACCACCCAGCUACAUCAAUAUUCCAAUGAUUAUUCCCGAGCCAACCGGAGAGGCUCCAAUUUCGUCCAUGAGUUUCCACAGCUUAACCGUUUCCGAGAACAAUGGAUUAUGCCAAAACGAGAUAUGUUGUCAAAAUUACCAAUUACUCAGUCAGGCGGAUCCAUCUUCGCCCAUAGCUGAAGAUACGAAUGCCAACAUUAUUGAAACCUAGCCCACGGUCAAAGCAUAUCAUCGAACCUUUUCAAAAACCUACUCGUACGUCUUUGUCAGCUCCCACGAGAGCUCUCUACGUAGUUCAAGCGGUAACUUGUAUGUACGUAGUGCAAUAUGCAGACAUUAUUAACUUUGAAUUGAGUGGUGAAUGAUUGGAAUCUGAAUCCCAGGCGAUUGUGAUACGGAGUUUUUCAGAAAUUAUCCAAAUUUGUUGAGUGGUGUUUGUGAAAUAUUCAGAAAUAAAUUAGUAUAUCUCUUGAUUUCUGGCUUCGUU